UUUGACUUUUUGUUUUUCAAAGGGUUGUCUCUUUUUUUUUUUUUCCCCCCCCCCACUCUUCGGCUCUUCUCAUCAGCGCAUCAGCCACAUCGGGAAUGAGUGUAACUGGAGGUUGUAGCGACGAGUGGUGCGUUGUCACCGAGCGAAACGCACCGGAAGAUGCAGUUCAGCCGCAGACCAAAGUGCAACAGCAGCCAACGCAUGCGCAACCAUUGCGCGGGAAGGACGACCACGAGAGGAAUGGUCGCGAUGCGGACGAGCUCGAGCAAGAGCCCGUGGCGAUGGAGGAUGACGAAGAAGCCAUUCUCAUCUACCUGCCGGGCGAGGCGCGCCGCAGAAACACCACUGGGGGCGCUGCCGAUGAUGGGGAUGACGAUGACGACGACGACGAUGACAAUGGUGAUGAUGACGAUGGUGAUGAUGGGGUGGAGACAGAUCCAACCAUCUCGGCGUCGGUCGUCCUCAGCGCUUCAGCAGCAACCCCGCUGAUGACGGAGAAGGCUGCAAGGUCCAACACUGGGGUCACAUCGCGCUCGGUGGUCGUGGGCUCGCUGGCUGCUGCAGCUGGCAUUGCUGCACUCCAGGCAUCGACCUUGACGACCGCAGAGGCUGCGCCGGCGCUGCAGAAGGGCGCGCCGAGUGCGGCUUCCAUCUUGGGCGCAAACGCCGACAGCCCGCGAAACAGCUCCGCCAACAACGCCAACAACGCCAGCAGCUCGUCUGUAGCCGCAGCCACCGCGAAGGCUGUCGCAAAUGCUGCUGCGCUCAACGCUGCGGACAAGGCUGCCUCGGUUGCUGCGGCGACGAUCGAGCGAUUGACUGCGGAGCGCGACGACUACUGUCGGCGUUACGAGAAUGCGAGUCGCUUGCUCAGUGUCAUCACGAACGAGCUGAGCGAUCGGGAGAACGAGCGCAGAACGCUGACGCCUGCACAGCUCAUCCAUUCAUGGGUCGCGAGCCAGCGUCAAAAGCCGACCUUCGAUGUCGACUCGGCCGAUUGCGUCGGUCGACUCACUGCGGCGACCAUCGACAUGAUUCGCGACCGAAACGAGCUGCUUCGUCGCACAAUUGAGACCGCGCAGCGAAACGACGACAAUCGCCCUCGGCUAGCGUUCUCAAACCUGACUGUUGGGGAUUUGGUCGUCUUCUUCCCAACUACCCAUGGACAUUACAUUGCGUUCUCGCAGCAACCGCGAUACUAUCUCUCGCAAGAGUCCAUCAAGGCGUUUGAUGGAAGCCGCACAAGCGGAUCGCGUCGAGACUAUUUGCUUGGCGAGAUCAUCCAGAUUUCAGAGCAUGUUGCCGAUGACUCGAGCCCUGAUGGCAAUCCCUACAAGCUUCCUGCAAACGUUCGCUAUCACACCAUCAUUGCUGCACUUGCAUCUUCGGCAUCUUGAGGUCGCUGCUUCUUGUUCUGUUUAAGUUUUGUGCCCGGAUAGUUUUUUGCGUCUGGUGUUGGCGAGUGUGUGUGUGUGUGUGUGUCAAGGGGUUGCGGUUCUUCGUGUGUCUACGCAAUUGUGUUUCCGCCAUUUGUUUUUCAUGUGCCGCGAAUCGCUGCUUGCGUGUGACGAAGCAUUGUACAAAAGAGUUGGUGCAGUCGUU